AUGCGUUUUCGGCCUUCAAAAUUAUUAGUAGUUUUUAUUAUAAUAAUAAAUAUAAUUCUAUUUUAUUAUACAUGGAAAUCAUUUAUAUGGAAGACCGUCCUUAAUACAUCGUCACCUUCAAUAUUAUUUAAUAACAAAAUAAUUAAAACAAGUAAACACUUACGUAAAUCAAUAACAAUAGUAUUCAGAAAUAUUUAUAAUUUUGAAAAUGAUUUAAAGAGUUCAAUAGAUAGUAUACUUGAAAUAAUACCAAAUAUGCCAAUAAUAAUAAUACAAGAUAAUAUUCCGUAUCCUCCGUUAAUAUAUGAAAAUAAUAUAACAACAAUUCAAUCUUUAAAUAAUAAUAAUAAUAAUGAAAAUACUGUUAAAUUUAUUAAUUUAUCAUUUGAUAUUAAUAAAACAUCAAAGGAUUUAUCAGCAUUAUUAGCAAUCAAAACAAAAUAUGUCCUUUUUUUACCAGAUAGUAUUAGAAUAACAAGUAAAAAUUUAUUACAAAAAAUUCUUAAAGAUAUACAAAAUAUAGGUAAUGUUAAAGCCAAUAGCAACGGUAUUAUUAAUAAUAAAAAUGGAAAAAAUAAUAUGAAAUAUUCAAAGAAAAAGCAUAGUGAAUUAAAUGCUAUUGCUAGUUUAAUGAGUGAUGGUGGUGGUGGUGGUGUUGAUGGUGCAAAUAAUAUAAUUGGCAGUGAUGCAAGCAAAACAAUUUUAAAUAACCAUAAUAGCAACAAUAUUAAUAAUAAUAAUAACAAUAAUAAUAGGUUCCAUAGCAAAGAUAGUAGUAAUAAUAAAAAUAUAAAUGUAGAUGAAUUUCAUGUCGAUGGUAGUAAUUCUAGGGUUAAUGUCGAAGGUAUUGUUGUAGGUGGUGGUAUUAAUGGUGGUAAUGAUGGUGGAGACGAUGGCCGCAAUAUAGUCGAUAACAUUAAUAUAAAUAAUAACAUUAAUAUGAAAAAGGAUAAUAAUAAUAAUGAUAGAAAACUUAUAAUUAUACCAUUUGCUGGAAAUUUAAAAAGUUUUAGUAGUUGUACAGAAAUUAUUUUGAAUUUCCGAAAUUGGACUAUAGAAUACAAUGCUGUUAAUACAACUUCAAUGAAUUGUGAUUUGUAUUUGCAAAAACAUGGAAUAUUCAUAGAUGUUGAUAUAUUAAAAGAAAUGCCGGAUGCAUUAGCUUCACCAUUUCCGGAAAUGUUUUAUAUUCAAGCAAAAAUAUUCAAAGUAAAGAAGAAAAUUUUCCCAAGCGCAUUUCAAGAUGGUAAAAGAUUGUUUACAUCAUACCAUACAAAACAACGUCGUAUGGAAAUUCGUAGAAAACAAUUUCGAGAAAUGUAUAGAAAACUUCAAAUAAAACGAAUUGUUAAACGUUCACAUAAAAUUGUCUCAAAAGUCGAAAUAAAAGAUCAAGCAUUAAUUAAUCCAACUCAUAAUAUAAUUUUGGAUAGUCAAUUUUCUUCAUCAAAUUUCUCUUUACCAUUACAAACAGAAAUUGAUUUGAUUGGAUGUGAAAGAACAACAAAAUCAUGUAUUUUUCCAGUAUAUAAUCGGAAACCAUUUUAUGUUUAUUUAGAAAAGCAUACACCACCAUGUUGUUUAGAGAAAUUAAAAUCAGUAUUUCAUCAUGUUUUAGAUGAAUUUGAAAAUGUUGGUAUUAGAUAUUGGUUGGAUAAUAUUGCAUUAAAAUCAGCUAUUGAAACUGGUCAAUUAUCACCAGAUGCAUACGAAAUCGAUAUUAGUUUUAUAUCAUUUGAUUUAGAUCGAUCUAAUUCAUUGAAAAAAUCACAAACAAGACCAUUUACAGAUUCAGAUGGAUUUUAUUGGAUAAAAGCAACUGAUGGGCAAUAUUUUAGAGUACAAUUUUCAAAAAUCAAUCAAAUUGGUAUAAAUUUACUACCAUUUGAAAUCAAUGCAAAUCGAGUUAAACCAGCUGAAUUUUUUGGUUGGAAAGCCAAAGAAUUUUCUUCAGAAUUUCUGCAUCCGAUGUCAACGGUUAACUUUUUAGGAAAAAAUGUAAUGUGUCCGAAUAACGUCCGAGAAUAUUUAGAUAAAAAAAACAUUAAUUAAAUGUAUAUGAAAUGUUUUCAUUUGCAAAUUUUUAUGGUUGAAAUUGAAUUUUUUAUUGCAUUGUUAUUGUAUUCGAAGUUUUAAUUUUAAAAACAACUAUAAAAAAUGGAAUUGUAUAACAAUUUAUGUAUUUCGAAAAUAUUCAUAUAUUGUGUAUUACAA